AUGGAGCACCUACCUGUCGUUAUCACAGAGGUGCUAGUGUGUGUCCUGUCCAAUGGCCUGAACCAUGGGGACUGGCCGCAGGUGGUGUCUGAAGACAUCCACAGGCACCUGGAGAAGCUGAGGAGCAGGGUUGUGACACUGAGAGGCCGAGCUGAGGGACGGACCCUGCUGCCCCUGCCGCUCUGUGUUGAGAGGGCGCAGGCUCAGGACAUUGUACUCAGCCCCACUGGCUGGCCGCUGGAUCGUGGGUUGUUGUACUCCAUAGAAACGCUGAUAAUUCAGUGGUCCAGUCAGAUAUGGACUGUCCUGACGAAGGAAUCUGGCAAAGCACUGCACCAGGGAGACUACCCGGGCCCCACUGUUGAGCUCCAGUUCUGGACCACUCAGAGGGAAAACCUCCUAGGCAUCCAGUCACAAAUCCAGGGUCCCAAAGUGAAGCAGAUCAUGGAGAUCCUGAGGAGAAUCAAGAGCAGUUACUACUCAUCUUUCAACGAUAUCUGCCUCAAAGUGAACAAUGCGGUACUGGAAGCAGAGGACAUAGAUCUGUACCUGCGGCCUCUGAGGAGGCUGAUUAGCAGCUUGGAGGAGAGGAGCUUCCCACAGACAGAGUCGCUGCUGCCUCCACUCUUCCACACACUUUGUCUCAUCUGGAGCCACUCGCAGUAUUACUGUUCCCCACAGCGCAUGGUGGUCCUCCUGCAAGAGCUCUGCAACCUGAUCAUUGAGAAGGCCUUUGCCUACCUUAUCCCUGAGGAGCUGUUUAAAAUGGAGUUGGAGGAAGGAGUGGAGAGAGUCCAGAUGACCAUCUCAGUUCUUCGUAGUUUCAAGCGUCUGUUCCACGUUCAUCGCCAGAGGAUCCCUCAGUACUACACUCACGGCCAGACCAUCAGGCUGUGGGACUUCCCUGCCACGCUGGUGUUCGAGCGCACAGAUCGUAUCAUGGACAGGUUGCUCAUGAUCGAGGAGUUGUUUGCAACAGCACUGGACUUCCUGAAGCUGGAGAAGGUGGAGCUGGGUGGAUCACGAGGAAAGAUCCUCAGUGAAAUGGUUUUCAGUAUGAGCGAGGAGUUUCAUGACCGCUGGCGAGCCCUCAGAGAGAGCAAAUAUGAUCCCCUGGAUUACACUAACGAUGAGUUUGUGGGUCAUUACAGACGUUUCAUGGAGCAGAACAGAGAUUUUGACGAGAGGCUGGGGACCGUGCUCAACCUGGCCUUCCAGCACUCCAGGAGCCUGAAGUCUACCUUUAAACUGCUGAAGAUUUUUGGCACCCUGCUUGAGAGACCCAAGAUCAACCAGCUGUUCUCGCCUAACUACAGCCUAUUGUUGACCAUGUUCAACCAGGAAAUAAACCACUGUCACUUUAUACUUGAGCAGCACAGAGACGGGCUGCGGUCAGGCUGUGCGGUCCUGGGUAAGAACAUGCCUGCAGUGGCUGGCAACCUCAAGUGGUCUCAGGAGCUCCGGGAUCGCAUCCUCACCAGCAGGAGCAACCUUAACCAGCUGGCUCAUAUGCCUCUGGGCUCUGCUGAGGCAGACGAGGUCCUGCAGAAGUGUGAGCAUGUUCUGGAGGUCCUGGACCAGCACGAUGAAGAGCUGUUCUCAGAGUGGACAGAAGGGCUGGAGGAGCUCUGUCACACACACCUCCGAGAACCGCUGCUCACCCUGGACGCUGACACGGGCCUGUUCCAGGUCAACUUUAACCCUGCUCUGACCUCAGUGCUAAGAGAGGUGAAGUAUCUCGGCAUGUUGAAGAACCACAACAUCCCCAAAGCAGCUCUUCAUCUUUACUCCAAACGAGAGACUCUCUACAUGUACACCCAGACACUGGCCCUUGUGACCCAGUGGUACAACCAGCUCCACAGCACCAUCAUGGCUGUAGAGUUGGGAUUGGUCAAGGAGGAGAUGGACAAGACCAGGCGACAGCUAGGCCCCGCCCUCCAGGAACUGACAUGGGCCCAGGACGACUUGUGGGACUACAUCCAGACCACACGCAACCUCGUCAAGGACAUUUCAUGCCGUGUCCAGAAGAGUAAAGCCAACGUGGAGGCCAUCCAGGCCCUGAUGGGGAAGUUCAGCCACCGGGCCUUCAUCACCAGGAAGGGCCGUGGUUCUCCUCUCCUCACCCUCUCUGACAUGGAAGACAGUGUUGCCAAACAGUACACACUCAUCACUGACACUGGGGAGCAGAUACACCAACUACUGCAGGAGAACCAGUCUCUGCUGGGUGUGUCUGACCCAAACAGUGUUGAGUGGCAGGCUUACACAGACUAUGUGGACCGGAUGAUCCUGACAGGCUUCUCCAGUGCAGUGCGCUGCUCCCUGCAGUACUUCAUGGACAAUACAGAUACAGCCCAGCGCAUCUCCCCACUCUUUGAAGUCCAGCUGGUCCUCAACGGCAAUGAGAUGACCUUUGACCCCUCAUUGGACUUCACUCUCCAGGGCAACUUUUAUGAUAUUGUCGAUAAGAUGGUGACCAAUAUCACCAACAUGGCGUCGUUCAUACCCAGAGUGGCAAAGCACAAACAGCUGGAUAACUAUCAGUUGGACAUAAAUGAGAUGGAAGACUUGUCAGAGCUGUGCUUUGUGAUCCGCACCCGGGCACGCACAGCCAUCGCUAGGGUCAGGGAAUACCAAGGAUCAUUUGCCAACUACCGCUACCUCUGGACUGAUGACAGGUCUGAAUUUAUGAGGCAGUUUCUGCUGUACGGCCAUGUACUGAGCACAGAGGAGGCCGAGCUGUAUGCCGACUAUGAACUAAAGAAGAACCCUCCUACUCUUGACAACUUUAAAGAACAGAUCAACCUGUUUGAAUCUCUGUAUGUACGAGUGAGCAAGAUGGAGGACAGGAGGGUGUUCUGUGGCUGGCUGCAGCUAGACAUCAGACCCUUCAAACACACACUGAUGAACGUCAUCAAGAGAUGGAGCUGGAUGUUCAAGGAGCAUUUGCUCAACCAUGUAAACCAGAGUGUGAGGGAGCUGUCCUCCUUUGUCCAGGACACAGCCCAUGGUCUUUCUAAAAAGGUGGCAGACGGCGACUAUGCAGGCCUGGUAGACAUCAUGGGUCACCUCAUGGCCAUACGAGACAGACAGAUCAGCAGCGAACAACACUUCAAACCUCUCAAGUCUACUGCUGAGCUCCUCAAGACCUACGGACAACAACUGCCAGAAAGCGUCUACACACAGCUGGAGGAGCUGCCUGAGAAGUGGAAGAGUCUGCGGAAGAUUGCCUUCACAGUCAAACAUGAAGUGGCACCACUACAAUCUAAUGAAGUCUCAGUUAUACGCAGGAAAUGCGUCCGGUUUGAGGUCAAGCAGCAUGAGUUCAGAGAGCAGUUCCGCACCGAAGUUAUCUUUAAGAUUAACCUAGAAGAGCCAUACAAACUGAUUGAUAAGGCUAAUCGAGCAGUAGCAGUGUUGGAGGCAGAAAUGCAGAAGCUGCAGGAAACAGCUGAUCUGUUUGAGGUCAGCUUUCCAGAAUACAAACAGCUGUAUCAGUGUCGCUCAGACAUCAUACUGGUUAAAGCUGUCUGGGACAUGGUCAUCUUUGUCAAGACCAGUAUCGAUGAUUGGACUAAGACUCCAUGGAAAGAGAUCAAUGUUGAGCAGAUGGACAUGGAGCUCAGGCGAUUUGCCAAGGAGAUGAAGACUCUGGAUAAGGAAGUGCGAGUGUGGGAUGUCUACAUGGGUCUGGAGUCGACUGUAAAGAACCUGCUGACUUCUCUGAGAGCCGUCAACGAGCUGCAGAACUCAGCCGUCAGGGAGAGGCACUGGCAACAGCUUAUGAACACCACCGGGGUGAGGUUUGUGAUGGGCGAUGGCACCACCUUGGGGGACCUGUUGGAACUACAGCUCCAUCGUGUAGAAGAAGAGGUCAAAAACAUAGUGGACAAGGCUGUGAAAGAGAUGGCCAUAGAGAAGGUGUUGGCAGAGAUUACCCAGACAUGGAGUGUUAUGGCUUUGUCCUAUGAGACUCAUUCCAGCACAGGAAUCCCUCUGCUUAAAGCGGAUGAAAAUCUGAUUGAAACUUUGGAGGACAACCAGGUGCAGCUGCAGAACAUCCUGAUGAGUAAAUACGUGGAGUACUUCCAGGCAGAAGUGAGUGGUUGGCAGAGGAAGCUAAUGGUGGCAGACCUCGUCAUCUCCUCCUGGAUGUCUGUCCAGAGGACCUGGGCCCACCUUAACAGCAUCUUUACCAACAGCCAUGACAUUCGGUGCCAGCUGGCCAGUGAUGCCGAGCGUUUCCAGGGAAUACACACUGACUUCCAGAACCUGAUGACUGAAGUGGUGCAGACCAGUAACGUGGUGGAGGUAACCAACCAGCCUGGCUUCCUGGAGAAGCUGGAGACUUUGCAGCAGAGGCUGUCUGUGUGUGAGAAGGCCUUGGCUGAGUACCUGGAAACCAAGAGGCUCACAUUCCCCAGAUUCUACUUUGUCUCUGCUUCUGACCUGCUGGAGAUUGUCUCCAAGGGAACACAGCCCAGACAGGUGACCCGACACCUGCUGAAGCUGUUUGACAACAUAGCCGACCUUCGUUUCAAGGAUUCCAACAGAGGUGGCGAUGGGGAGGAGGAUGGGGAGGCAGUUGCCAUAGGGAUGUACAGCAGAGAGGGAGAGUAUGUUCCAUUUUCUGAGCCCUGUGUUUGUAAGGGACAGGCAGAGUGUUGGUUGAGUGCCUUGGAGAGCACCAUGCGCUGCACGGUCAGGAAGGAGAUCCAGGAGGCCGUCGCUGCCUAUGAAGACAAACCACGAGACCAGUGGCUGUUUGACUACCCUGCACAGGUGGGUCUGACUGGGAGUCAGGUAUGGUGGGCCACAGAUGUGGGCAUUGCCUUUGAGAGGGUGGAAGAGGGAUUUGAGAAUGCACUGAAAGACUACAACCGAAAACAGAUCACUCAGCUGAACUCGCUGAUCCACAUGCUGCUUGGGGAUUUAACUCCUGGAGACAGACAAAAGAUUAUGACCGUCUGCACCAUUGAUGUCCACGCUCGAGACGUAGUCGCCAAACUCAUUGCUCAGAAGGUGACAACAGGCCAGGCCUUUGCAUGGCUGUCCCAGUUACGUCACCGCUGGGAUGACGAAACCCGACACUGUUACAUCAAUAUCUGUGAUGCCCAGUUCCAGUUCAGCUAUGAAUACCUGGGGAACACUAACAGACUGGUCAUCACCCCUCUCACUGACAGGUGUUACAUAACCCUUACCCAGUCCCUCCAUCUCACUAUGAGUGGCGCCCCCUCUGGCCCAGCUGGCACUGGCAAGACAGAGACUACCAAGGACCUGGGACGCUCCCUAGGCAUCAUGGUCUAUGUGUUCAAUUGCUCAGAACAGAUGGACUACAAGUCUAUAGGUAACAUUUAUAAGGGUCUAGCUCAGACAGGAGUGUGGGGAUGCUUCGAUGAGUUCAACAGGAUCUCAGUUGAAGUGUUGUCUGUGGUGGCUGUACAGGUCAAAACCAUACAGGAUGCCAUACGCAAUAAGAAACAGAGGUUCCAUUUCCUGGGAGAGGACAUAGAGCUGAGGCCAACAGUGGGAAUCUUCAUCACUCUGAACCCAGGCUAUGCCGGCAGGGCCGAGCUCCCAGAGAACCUCAAGGCUCUAUUCAGGCCCUGUGCAAUGGUGAUCCCAGACUUUGAGUUGAUCUGUGAGAUCAUGUUGGUGGCAGAGGGGUUCAUAGAUGCUCGUCUGCUAGCAUGCAAGUUCAUCAGCCUCUACACUCUCUGUAAGGAGCUGCUGUCCAAGCAGGAUCAUUAUGACUGGGGAUUGAGGGCCAUCAAAUCAGUGCUGGUGGUGGCUGGCUCUCUAAAAAGAGAGGACAGAAGCAAACCUGAGGACCAGGUCCUGAUGCGGGCACUACGAGACUUCAACCUGCCAAAGAUAGUGACCAGUGACGUGCCUAUCUUCCUGGGGCUCAUCAGUGAUCUGUUCCCCCAGCUGGAUGUACCGAGGAAGAGAGACACUGAGCUGGAGAAUGCUGUUCGCCAGUCAGUCAGCGAGCUACACCUGCAGCCUGAGGAAAACUUCAUACUCAAGGUGACCCAGCUGGAGGAGCUGCUGGCCGUGAGACACUCAGUAUUUGUAGUUGGAGGACCAGGAACUGGCAAGAGUCAGAUCCUGAAGACCCUCCAUAGAACCUAUGCAAACAUGAAGAUGAAGCCAGUAUGGAACGAUAUCAACCCCAAAGCUGUGACCACAGAUGAGCUGUUUGGAUACCUCCACCCUGCCACCAGAGAGUGGAAGGAUGGUCUGUUCUCCUCUACCAUGAGAGAACUGGCCUCUGUGGGUCAUGACGGGCCCAAAUGGAUUGUUCUCGAUGGAGACAUCGACCCCAUGUGGAUCGAGUCACUCAACACAGUCAUGGAUGACAAUAAGGUCUUGACUCUGGCCAGUAAUGAGAGGAUCAGUCUGUCCUCUUCCAUGCGUCUGCUCUUUGAGAUCUCUCACUUGAAGGCUGCUACUCCAGCUACUGUGUCUCGGGCAGGAAUACUCUAUGUCAACCCACAAGACCUCGGCUGGAGCUCUUAUGUGACAAGCUGGAUUGACACCCGGCAGGCCCAGUCAGAGCGAGCAAAUCUAACUAUCCUGUUUGAUAAGUAUGUGCCCUACUGCCUGGAGCAGGUCCGCUGCAACCUGAAAACCAUCACUCCUAUACCAGAAAACAGCAUGGUGCAGACGCUGUGUUCCUUGUUGGACUGCCUGCUGACAGAGGAAAACACUCCAGCAGACUCUCCCAGAGAACUGUAUGAGAUCUACUUUGUCUUUGCCUGCGUCUGGGCCUUCGGAGGGGCUCUCUUCCAGGAUCAUUUGAUUGACUACCGUGCAGAGUUCAGCCGCUGGUGGUCUAAGGAGAUGAGAGCGGUGAAGUUUCCCUCACAGGGCACCGUUUUUGACUACUUCAUAGACUCUGAAACUAAAAAGUUCUCUCCCUGGAGCGAGAAGAUGGUGCCGUUUGAGCUGGAGCCCGAUGUCCCAUUGCAGACUGUGUUGGUCCACACACCAGAGACAAUCUGCUUGACCUACUUUUUAGACCUGCUGCUCCAGAGAGGCAAGCCCAUCAUGUUAGUGGGCAAUGCUGGAGUGGGCAAGACCAUCCUGGUGUCUGAUAAAGUAGCCAAGCUAAAGGAGGACUACGUUGUGGCUAAAGUCCCCUUCAACUACUACACCACCUCGGCCAUGUUGCAGCGCGUCCUUGAGAAGCCCCUGGAAAAGAAGGCGGGUCGUAACUUUGCUCCUCCUGCCGCCAAGAGACUCAUCUACUUCAUAGAUGACCUCAACAUGCCUGAGGUGGAUGUCUAUGGGACGGUCCAGCCACACACACUUAUACGCCAACACCUUGACUACAGCCACUGGUAUGACAGACAGAGACUGGCACUGAAGGAAAUCCAUAACUGCCAGUACAUCACAUGUAUGAACCCAACAGCUGGGAGCUUCUCUGUCAACCCCAGACUACAGAGGCAUUUUGCAGUGUUUGCAGUUCAUUUCCCUGGUGCUGAUGCUCUGGCCACCAUCUUCUCGAGUAUCCUGUCAGCUCACUUCCUCCAGGGAGGUUUCAGCUACGGCGUCUCUCGCUCUGUUGGAACUCUCAUCCAGGCAGCUAUCUGUCUGCAUCAGAAAAUCAGUCAGAACUUCCUCCCUACAGCCAUACGCUUCCAUUACAUCUUCAACCUCCGAGACCUCUCCAACAUCUUCCAGGGGAUCCUGUUUGCCCCGCCAGAGUGUAUUCGUUAUCCCAUUGAGCUCGUUCACCUGUGGCUCCAUGAGAGCUCCAGGGUCUACUCCGACAAACUGAUGGAAGAGAAGGAUGUGGAGCUCUUCAACAAAAUUCUGCUAGACACCGGCAAAAGAUAUUUUGAGGGGAUAGAUGAGUCCAUCUUUAUCCACCAGCCUUUGGUGUACUGUCACUUUUCUCAAGGAGUGGGAGAGCCUCGCUAUCACCAGGCUUCAGACUGGGAGAAGCUCCAGAAGACUCUGACUGAUGCACUGGAGCACUAUAAUGAGCUGCACGCUGUCAUGAACCUGGUGCUGUUUGAGGAAGCCAUCCAACAUGUGUGUCGUAUCAGUCGUAUCCUGGAGGCUCCCCAUGGUAACGCCUUGCUGGUGGGUGUUGGAGGCAGUGGGAAGCAGAGUCUGUGUCGGCUGGCUGCCUUCCUCAGCUCGCUGGAAGUUUUCCAGAUCACGCUGCGCAAAGGCUACGGAAUCAAUGACCUCAAGAGUGAUAUAGCAGCGUUGUACAUCAAAGUUGGGGUGAAGAACAUUGGAACAGUGUUCCUGCACACAGAUGCCCAAAUUCCAGAUGAGCGCUUCCUGGUGCUCAUCAAUGAUAUGCUGGCUUCAGGGGAUAUUCCAGAUCUGUUUAGUGAUGAGGAGGUGGAUAUGAUCGUGACGUCUAUCCGUAUGGAGUUGAGAGGUUUAGGUCUGAUGGACACCAGAGACAACUGCUGGAGCUUCUUUAUUGAGAGGAUACGACGACAGCUCAAGGUGGUUUUGUGUUUCUCCCCUGUUGGGUUCACGUUGCGUACGCGUGCGCGGAAGUUUCCGGCUCUGGUGAACUGCACUGCUAUAGACUGGUUCCACCCGUGGCCUCAGCUCGCCCUGCAGUCUGUCAGCUCCUCCUUCAUAGAGAAGAUACCUGGACUGGAGCCACAUGUCCGGGCAUCUAUCAGUGAGUUCAUCUCCUACGCCCACACCAGUGUCAACGAGGUGAGUGUCAGGUACCAGCAGAACGAGAAGCACUUUAAUUACACCACGCCCAAGAGUUUCCUGGAGUUCAUGAAGCUGUAUGACAACCUGCUUGGAGCAAAACGCAGAGAGCUGACACAGAAGAUGGAGAGGCUGGACAACGGCCUGCAGAAACUACAGACCACCGCCUCACAGGUGGAGGAUCUGAAAGCCAAGCUAGCGGUGCAGGAGGUGGAGCUGUGGCAGAGGAACACAGACACUGAGGCUCUCAUCGCUAAGAUAGGACAGCAGACUGACAAACUCAACCAGGAGAGGGCUGUGGCAGACGCUGAGGAGCAAAAGGUGGCAGCGAUCCAGGCUGAGGUGACCAAGCAGCAGCAGGAGAGUGAGGAGGACCUGGCCAAGGCCGAACCUGCUCUACAGGCAGCUAACGCAGCUCUCAAUACACUCAACAGGUUGAACCUGACUGAGCUCAGGACGUUUCCCAACCCUCCAGCCAUUGUCACCAACGUCUCAGCAGCUGUUCUGGUGCUUCUGGCUCCCCAGGGCCGCAUCCCAAAAGACCGUAGCUGGAAGGCUUCCAAGGUGGUAAUGAGCAAGGUGGAUGACUUCCUGCAGGCUCUAGUGAACUUUGACAAAGAGCACAUCCCCGAGGCCACGGUGAAGUGUGUGAGAGACGAUUACCUCAGCGACCCGGAGUUCAACCCCGAGUUCGUUCGACUCAAAUCUUCGGCUGCUGCAGGGCUCUGUGCCUGGGUCAUCAACAUUAUACGCUUCCACGAGGUGGCCUGUGAGGUGGAGGUGAAAAGGAUGUGUCUGUCUCAGGCCAACGCUGAUCUCACUGAGGCUGCUGAGAAACUGGAGGUCCUCAGGAAAAAACUGUCUGAGCUCGACAAUAGUCUAGACACUCUGACAGCUGCAUUUGAGAGAGCAACCUCAGAGAAACUGCGGUGUCAGGAUGAGGUCAACCGCACCAACAAGACAAUAGAGCUGGCCAAUCGGCUGGUCAAAGGGCUGGAGAGUGAGAAUGUGCGCUGGGCCCAUUCGGUGGCCCAAUACCACGAACAGGAGGAAACUCUCUGUGGAGACGUCCUCCUGACGGCAGCCUUCAUCUCCUAUUCCGGCUCCUUCUCCAAGAAAUACAGAGGAGAACUUCUGGACAACCUUUGGAUGCCAUUUCUGCGGAGCCAAAGGGUUCCUAUUCCUAUGACAGAGGGCUUAGAUCCAGUGUUGAUGCUGACUGAUGAUGCGACGGUGGCCCAGUGGAACAACGAGGGCUUGCCAGGAGACAAAAUGUCCACUCAAAAUGCAACCAUCCUCACCAACUGCGAGCGCUGGCCUCUCCUCAUUGACCCUCAGCUGCAAGGCAUCAAGUGGAUCAAGAGUCGCUGUGGCAGCAGCCUGAAGGUGGUCAGCUUAGGCCAGAAAGGCUACGUAGAUGUGAUAGAACAAGCUGUGGUGACAGGGGACACUGUCCUCAUAGAAAACCUGGAGGAGACCAUUGACCCUGUUAUAGACCCUCUGCUGGGUCGACACACCAUCAAGAAGGGCAGCUGUAUAAAGGUUGGGGAUAAGGAGUGUUUCUUCCACCCAGGCUUCAGACUGAUCCUCCACACUAAGCUGGCCAAUCCUCACUAUAAGCCAGAGAUUCAAGCCCAGACAACACUUAUCAAUUUCACUGUGACCAGGGACGGCCUGGAGGACCAGCUCCUAGCCCAGGUGGUGAACCAGGAGAGGCCCGACCUCGAGCACCUCAAGAGUGAACUAACCAAACAGCAGAACAUGUUUAAGAUCGAGCUGAAGCUUCUAGAGGAUGAGCUACUGACCAGGCUGUCUGCUGCAGAGAGUAACUUCCUGGGAGACAACGUGCUGGUGGAGAAGCUAGAGACCACCAAGCACACCGCUGCUGAGAUUGAGAUGAAGGUCCUUGAGGCUAAGGUUAACGAGGUGAAGAUAAAUGAGGCCAGAGAACACUACCGCCCCGUCGCCGUCAGGGCGUCUUUGCUCUACUUCAUCAUGAAUGAUCUCAACAAGAUCAACCCCAUGUACCAGUUCAGCCUCAAGGCCUUUAACAUGGUUUUCCACAAGGCGGUGGAGUCAGCAGAGGCCUAUGAAGAUGUGAAGAGCAGGGUGAACACGCUCAUAGACUGCAUUACCUACUCCACCUUCAACUACAUCAGCAGGGGGCUGUUCGAGAGAGACAAGCUCACCUUUACUGCGCAGCUAGCCUUCCAGUUGCUGCUGAUGAGUAAGGAGAUAGACAUGCGAGAGCUCGACUUCCUGCUGCGCUUCAACAUUGACCACAGCUACAUUAGCCCUCUAGAUUUUCUUUCCAAUACAGCAUGGAGUGCCAUAAAGGUGAUGAGUUUCACCGACGAGUUCCGCGGGCUUGACCGGGACAUCGAAGGCUCCCCUAAGCGCUGGAAAAAGGUGGUGGAGUCGGAGUGUCCAGAGAAGGAGAAGUUUCCUCAGGAGUGGAAAGGAAAAAGCUCCCUGCAGAAACUCAUCAUGAUGAGAGCCCUGAGACCUGACCGCAUGACCUAUGCUGUCAGAAACUUUGUGGAGGAGAAGCUUGGGGUUAAGUAUACAGAAGGUCGGAAGACGGAGUUUGCCAAGUCCUUCAGAGAAUGUGGUCCAGCUUCCCCUGUGUUCUUCAUCCUCUCGCCUGGGGUGGACCCACUUAAGGAUGUGGAAUCCUUGGGAAGAAAGCUGGGUUUCACCAUCGACCUUGGGAAGCUUCACAACGUGUCCUUGGGCCAGGGCCAGGAGGCUGUGGCUGAGAUAGCUAUGGAAAAGGCUGCAAGGGAGGGUCACUGGGUCAUAUUGCAGAACAUCCACCUGGUUGGUCGCUGGCUGGGUUCACUUGAAAAGCUGUUGGAGCGCUGCUGUGAAGGCAGUCACCCUGACUACAGGGUGUUCAUGAGUGCUGAGCCAGCUCUGACUCCACAAGAGCACAUUAUCCCACAGGGCAUUCUGGAAAAUGCUAUCAAGAUCACCAAUGAGCCUCCCACAGGCAUGCAUGCCAACCUGCAUGCUGCUCUGGAUAACUUUGAUCAGGACAUCCUGGACCAGUGUAGUCGAGAGCAGGAGUUUAAGACCAUCCUGUUCUCUCUGUGUUACUUCCACGCCUGUGUGGCAGAGAGGAGGAAGUUUGGACCCCAGGGUUGGAACAGGAAGUACCCAUUCAAUACAGGAGACCUGACCAUAUCUGUUAAUGUGCUCUACAACUACCUGGAGGCUAACUCACAGGUGCCGUGGGAGGACCUGCGGUAUCUGUUUGGGGAAAUCAUGUAUGGAGGACAUAUUACUGAUGACUGGGACAGAAGGCUCUGCAGAACAUACCUAGAAGAAUACAUGCAGCCCAACCAGUUUGACAGAAAGCUUGCACUGGCCCCAGGUUUUUUUGUUCCCUCUAACCUCGACUAUCAGGGCUACCACGGUUUCAUAGAUGAGAUGCUGCCUCAUGAGAGCCCGGUGCAUUAUGGGCUACACCCCAAUGCAGAAAUUGAGUUUUUGACGGUGACAUCAGAUAGCCUGUUCCACACUCUGCUUGAGCUGCAGUCUCCUGACGCCGUCAUGGGCGAAGGGGCUUCACAGACUCUGGAGGAGAAGGUGAAAACUAUUUUGGACGAGGUACUGGAGAAGCUACCGGAAGAGUACAAUAUGUCCGACAUCACCUCCAAGACGGCAGAUCGGUCCCCCUACAUCCUGGUCUGCUUCCAGGAGUGUGAGCGCAUGAACACACUCAUCUAUGAAAUGCGCCGUUCACUCAAAGAGCUUGACCUGGGACUCAAGGGUGAGCUGGCCAUUUCCUCUGAGAUGGAGCAGCUGCAGGCGGCCUUGUUCUUUGACAAUGUCCCUGAUACCUGGACCAAACUGGCCUACCCUUCCACCUACAGCCUGGCUACAUGGUAUAAUGAUAUGUUGCUGCGCUGUAGAGAGCUGGACAGCUGGACUCAGGAUCUGUCUCUGCCCAGUGUUGUCUGGCUGUCUGGACUCUUCAACCCACAGUCCUUUCUCACUGCGGUGAUGCAGUCUCUGGCCCGUAAGAACGAGUGGCCCCUGGAUAAGGUGAACCUCACUGUGGACGUGACUAAGAAGUUUAAAGAAGAGUUCAACCAGCCUGCCAGGGAGGGAGCAUACGUCUAUGGACUUUACAUGGAAGGGGCGAGGUGGGACACCCAGGCCGGGGUGAUCACAGAGGCUCGUCUGAAGGACCUGACACCCUCCAUGCCUGUCAUCUCCGUCCGUGCUGUGCCCAACGACCGACAGGAGACCAGGAACAUCUACGAGUGUCCGCUCUACAAGACCAAGAUCAGAGGACCCACUUACGUGUGGACCUUCAACCUCAAAACCAGAGAGAGGCCUGCCAAAUGGGUGCUGGCAGGAGUCGCCCUACUGCUCAGUGUGUGA